UCUGUUGUUAAUAAUGUUGUGAAUUUGUUAUGGAAACACAUCAUUUUAUAUAUAUAAUACACAUCAUUUUAUUUGUAUAAAUAGUGGGAUGUCACAUGAAUACCUGCUGCAUUAUUAAAUACAAUUUAUACCAGUAUGCACUAUCCAUCCAUCUUCUAUACCGCCGAACCUGGAGCCUAUCCCAGGGAGCAUGGGGCACAAGGCGGGGUGCCAAUCCAUCACAGGGCACAAUCAUAUAGCUACACACUCACACACCCGUUCAUACUCUACGGACACUUUUGGACAUGCCAAUCAGCCUACCAUGCAUGUAUUUGGACUGGGGGAGGAAACCGGAGUACCUGGAGUAAACCCCUGCAGCACGGGGAGAACAUGCAAACUCCACACACACAGGGCAGCGGCGGGAAUCGAACCCACAACCUGGAGGUGUGAGGCGCUAACCACUAAGCCACCGUGCACUAAUAAGUUGAAAAUCAAAAGGAAGUAAGGUAGUAAUGGGGCGGUUCAGUCUUUUUUAUUCCUACACACAUUCCAUAAGACCCGCCUCCUGUGACACGAUUGGCUCACCACAAGCGGUUUUACAUAUUAUCCAAUCACAGCCCAGGACUGAGGACAGCCCUAGCCAAUCACCCCAAAGGAGGAAGUGAUUGCUCUGAAUGCGGUUGGGAGAAACACAUAACACGUCGAUUCUCCGAAUCAGGGCGUUUCGCCGUGUAAAGUCGUGCUGAACUUCACUGUGAAUUAAACCUAAAAUAAAUAAAUAAACAGACACUUUAAAUGGCCUUAAACGCGUGCUGUCGCCUGACGAGGUGUGUUUUACGGGUUGUAGAAAACAGAAAUGGAGCUGUGAGAGCGCUAGCCUCGCGCUGUUUAUAUCAGCAUGUCGGGGUGAGGACAGACCUUUGGACGCGCAGGUUCUCUUCAGCUGAUCAGCCCGCGGUGUCAGUGACGUAUGAGCAGGUGAAGAAGCUGCUUGUGGUCAGGACGGGUGUGGUGAUAGACGUGAGAGAGCCGUGGGAGCUCCGGGAAUACGGCAGUAUACCAGGCUCCAUUAACGUGCCACUGGGUCAGCUGAGUGCAGCUCUGCAGCUGAAGCCGGAGGAGUUUAAGGAGAAAUAUGGAGGUGAAAUGCCUUCGAUUGGUGAGAGCCUGGUCUUUACCUGUCUGGCAGGUGUGAGGAGUCAGAAAGCUCUGGAAGCAGCUCAGUCUUUAGGAUACUCCAAUGUACAGCAUUAUCCAGGAGGAUGGCAGGACUGGGCUAAACAUGAAAUACUGCAGGCUAAAGUGUGAUCCGUCACGAUGCUGUAAAACUGUGAAUAAUAAACCAAGUGAAUAACUCCAUGUCCGUAAUAAAGGACAAACCCGUCAACAAGCUGCGGCGACCGUGCUGAUCAUUUGUUUGUUUUACCAAAUAUAAAGGAAUAAAUGUUGAAACUGUACAAUAACUUUACAAGUACACACUUUUUAUUCUACAAGCGUCUGUAUUUAUUUCCCCACAUUUUUAAGCUGCGUCCCAAACGCUAGUGCUUCAUUACAGAGUUUUAGGAAAGUUCGGGAGAGAAUCUGGCGUUUGGGACGCAGCCUUUAUUAUUAAUUGAGAGUUUUAUGUAUUGGUGUGGAAUUAUAAGGCUCAUAUUCUGGUAACAGAAUGCUGUACUGUACGAAAGCCUGUCUUCAUCUGCCUUAAAUCUGGUUGUACAUUUGAGUGUCUGAGAUAAAUAAAAUAAACGACUUGAAGUGA